AUCUGGUUUUGCUUUGCAAUCUAGGUAUGCAGAUUUCUUGACUAGAUUGAAUGAUGAUAGAAAUAUCAGAGCUCUAUUUGAGCGGGCAUUAAGCACAUUACCAGCUGAAGACUCUGCUGAGGUCUGGAAAAGAUUCAUUCAGUUUGAGCAAACAUAUGGAGAUCUUGCUAGUAUUCUAAAGGUUGAGCAGAGAAUGAAAGAAGCACUUUCUGGAAAAGGGGAAGAGGGAUCUUCUCCUCUAGAGAGUUCACUUCAAGAUGUUGUUUCUCGGUACAGUUACAUGGAUCUUUGGCCAUGCACUUCUAACGACCUUGAUCAUUUAGCCAGACAAGAGUUGCUUGUGAAGAAUCUGAAUAAGAAAGUAGGGAAGACAAAUCUACCUCAUGGUCCUGCGGCUAUAGGUAGUGUAGCUUCUUCGUCAAAAGUUGUUUAUCCAGAUACAUCGCAGAUGGUUGUUCAAGACCCGACAAAGAAAUCAGAGUUUGCUACUUCUGCAAACCCAGUGGCAGCUUCUGCUUCGAACACCUUCCCAAGUAUUGUGACUGCAACUGCAACUCAUGGAUCAGCCAGCACGUUUGACGAAAUACCAAAGACUACUCCACCUGCAUUGUUAGCGUUUUUAGCUAACUUACCUAUUGUUGACGGUCCAACACCCAAUGUGGAUGUUGUUCUGUCGAUAUGUUUGCAGAGUGACUUUCCAACAGGUCAAAUUGUAAAGCAGAGUUUUGCUGCUAAAGGCAAUCCUCCAAGUCAAAACGAUCCCUCGGGUCCAACCCGCGGUGUGUCUCAAAGAUUACCAAGAGACAGAAGAGCUACAAAGAGAAAAGAUUCAGACAGGCAAGAAGAAGAUGAUACAGCAACUGUACAAAGCCAGCCUUUGCCCACAGAUGUUUUCAGACUAAGGCAGAUGCGAAAAGCUCGAGGGAUCGCAACAUCAUCACAGACACCAACCGGUUCCACAUCAUAUGGUAGUGCCUUCUCAGGCGAGCUUUCUGGUAGCACUGGCUAAAAUAUACUGAGAUUGGCAAAUUUGUGAAGCCUCUCUUAAUACUUGUAAUUUAUUUCCCCCAACAAUUCCAACUUAUGCAAUAAAAUUAAGUCUCUUUG